CAGAAGGAAGAUGCAGCAGGAAGAGAAAACGAGUGUGACCUUUUAAAUUAGGCCUGGCGUUUACGGGGAGCUCGGGGUGAGGGAACCUGGAUUGAAUUUCGACAUGACAGCAUUCCCAAGUGGAAGAGGCAGCGAGAGACCAGAGACUUGAGAGACUUGAGAGGUGUUCGUCUAACAAACAGCUUCUGAGUGUCCGACUAAGCUGAGGGUGGAAAACGGGACGGGACGGGACGCCCCCUGCAGGACACUGACAGACUGAUGGACAUGGAGGUGCGGGGACACAUGGUUCACGGCGUUGUGGACGUAGUCAAGAAAACAGAGCGCAUGAUUUAGUCCAUAUCUACAGGAGAUACAGUGAUACAGUGCUGGCACACCACCUGGACACACUUCUUCCUGAAGUUUUUUAAUCGGCUUGUCGGAGAAACGUCCAGCCUGGAGCAACGCUGUGAGGUCCUGGUGAAGGAGUGAAGAUGGACAGUCGUGGAGGAGGAGACGACGGCGGGACGGCAGAGAACGAGAGCGACAAGAGGAGCAAAGAGCAGCGCAACAAGGCCGAGAAGGGUGAGAAGGAACACGAAGGAGGGAAGAAGGAGAAGGGUAAGAGAGAGAGCCGGAGGUCAGGAGGAUGGGCGCUGAGCGAGCGCCUGGCCAUCAACGUCUCAGGGAUGAGGUACGAGACGCAGCUGCGCACGUUGGCGCAGUUUCCCAACUCGCUGCUCGGCGACCCCCGGCGGCGCCUGCGCUAUUUCGACCCACUCCGCAACGAGCUCUUCCUGGACCGCAACCGCUUCUGCUUCGACGCCAUCCUGUACUUCUACCAGUCCGGAGGGCGCCUACGCCGGCCGGCCAACGUGCCUCUGGACAUCUUCAUGGACGAGCUGCGCUUCUACGAGCUCGGCGAUGAGGUCAUGAGCCGUUUCAAGGACGAUGAGGGUUUCCCCAAAGAGGAGCCCAGGCCGCUGCCGCAGAACGAGAUCCAGAGGAAGCUGUGGAUGCUGUUCGAGCACCCCGAGUCGUCCGGUGGCGCCCGCAUCAUCGCCAUCAUCAGCGUCAUGGUCAUCGUGGUGUCCAUCGUCAUCUUCUGUCUCGAGACGCUGCCCGACUUCAGGCUUGAGAAAGAAAUGAGAGAGCAAAUGAUGUUCCAGCCGCACCUCUUGGACCCAAACAGCACGGCGCUGAUGUCCCAGUUCUCUCCGUUCCAGGAUCCCUUCUUCAUCGUGGAGACGAUGUGCAUCUGCUGGUUCUCCUUCGAGCUGCUGAUGCGCUUCGCCUCCUCGCCGAGCAAAAUGCACUUCUUCAAGGACAUGAUGAACAUCAUCGACUUCUUCGCCAUCAUGCCGUAUUUCAUCACACUGGGAACGGAGCUAGCUCGGUCCAAAGGUGGCACGCCGGCCAUGUCCCUGGCCAUCAUCCGCGUCAUCCGUCUCGUCCGUGUCUUCCGGAUCUUCAAGCUGUCGCGCCACUCUAAAGGCUUGCAGAUCCUGGGCCAGACGCUGAAGGCCAGCCUGAGGGAGCUGGCACUGCUCAUCUUCUUCCUCUUCAUCGGCGUGGUGCUCUUCUCCAGCGCCGUCUACUUCGCCGAGGUCGACAGCCCCCACACGUCCUUCACCAGCAUCCCCGAGGCCUUCUGGUGGGCCGUUGUGUCCAUGACAACGGUCGGGUACGGUGACAUGUACCCGGUGACGGUGGGGGGAAAGUUGGUUGGCUCCAUGUGUGCCAUCGCUGGCGUUCUGACCAUCUCGCUUCCUGUUCCUGUCAUCGUGUCCAACUUCAGCUACUUCUACCACCGUGAGAUGGAGUGUGAGGACAGCCAGGAGUACACACACAUCAACACGUCACUGUGGGAGAAAGAGAAGGAGGACAGUGAGGACGAGGACGGGGACGGAGAUGAUGAGCCUGACUACGCGCCUUUGGAAGGAGGUGUGAGCUGCAGAGGGAUUUGUGCGCCGCUGAACGGGACUCUACUCGCUGGAUUCUGUGCUGGGGAACAGAGAAUGGGCAACGUGUACCGAGGAGAACCGCUCGUCACCCAAGUGUGAAAGAACAGAGAGAGAGAGACAGAGAGACAGAGAGAGAGAGAGAGAGAGAGAGAGAGAGAGACGGCUUUCCAUCCACUCGUUGUAAUAAUAAUUCUAACCCUACGUUUCACACAAGCAAGUGACAAAAUUACAAAAUUAGGUAUGAAGCACUGAAGCAACAAAUCCCAACAACUGCCUUAAACGAUUCCUCGGACCGAUCCUGUGGAGCGCGCGGUCCGACGUUUCUUCGGUUCCUCACUCACAACUUUACUCCCAACCCGCAACAAGUCCCCAUUUACUGUUUAACGCACAACUUCAACCAACCCCACAACGAAACGUUCAGUAUCACCGUGGUUUCUUACUGUAUCCUGUCGCUAAAUGUGUAUAGAGUUACGAAGUUACGAAGAAAAGAACAAAAAAGCUUGGAAGGACAUUGCAGUACGUAGCUAGUACAGUUAGCAUGCUUUGCUAAUCUAAGCUGAAAAAGGAGCUAGUACGAAGCAGAGCCGAGUCGAUUAAGAUGGAACUCAAACUUCAAUACAUUUAAAGUAAAAAAGUUUUGUAGCUUGUAUAUUUUGGCUAAACAGCGAACAGGCCACGCCCACAAGCAACAAACUACCAGUGACGGUUCAGAACAUUUAGAUCCCCUAAGUCGACAGCUUCCUCGGAGGUCCCUACACGCACCGAUCGUGUUGUUUUAAAUGCAAGAAUGAACAGAAUACUCCGUUAUCUUCUCGGAUAAGGGCGUGAACAGCACAUGCUAGCCGAACACUUCUAACUCUAGAUACAAGCUAGCUAGCUAGAAAGUGGACAAAUAGACUAAAUCUACUUAAUUAGCAUUAAAUUCUUACUGGUGUUUUGGCUUUA